UCAAUGAGGCGCGCCCACUCUCCAACUGUACAUUAAAUGUACUCGAUUUUUCAUAUUCAUCUUAUGCUCCGAUAUAGAAAACGACUCUUUUUGCAAUUAGGAUGCUUGUGACGUUCAUUAACCUUGGAUGUGGACAGCACGGCGUCGUAAAAAUUGACAAACAGAGAAUACAUGUCCAAAGGGUCUACCAUGAGCCAGCUACACAACGGAAAUAUCUCACUCUUGGGUGACCUAAAGGCCAGCUGGACAAAGCUCUGAGGCUGUGAGCACUUUGUGCCCCCAUGUGUAUCAUGAACAGCACUGCCUGGCCUUUGGACCUGGCAGAGUUCGAGAAACCUCGGAACUACAACAGCUCCCAAAGCCAGUCUGUUUCCACAAACGGCUGGGCCUUGAUCCACACGGCCACCCUUGCCUCCUGCUCCCUCCUCUUGGUCCUCAUCUUUUGUCUCGGUUCUUAUGGCAACCUGGUGGUCUUCUUGUCCUUCUUCGACCCCGCAUUCCGGAAGUUCCGCACCAACUUCGACUUCAUGAUCCUCAACCUGUCAUUCUGCGACCUGUUUAUUUGCUGCGUCAUUGCGCCCAUGUUUGCACUGGUGCUAUUUCUGGAUACCGGAGAUGUUGGCAGUGGAGUAUCCAAGGGCUUUUGCUUUGCCUUCCACCUCACCAGCUCAGGUUUCAUCAUUAUGUCCCUUGAGACAGUGGCUGUGAUUGCCCUGCAUCGCCUUCGCAUGGUCCUGGGUCAGCAGCCCAACCGUACAGCCUCUUUCCCCUGUACUCUGGCCCUCACUGCUCUCUUAUGGACCACCAGUUUCACUUUGGCGGUAUUGGUUACCUUGCGAGCAUAUCCCAAGAGCUCUGGUCCCUGCCUGCCCCACUUUGGUCUUACUGGCAACAAGGCAAAGGUAGUAUUAUAUGUGUACAUUGCAGAUUUUGCUUUCUGUGUAGGUGUAGUGUCUAUCUCAUACCUCAUGAUCGCCCAGGAGUUGAGGAAGAAUGCACAGGUACGAAAGUGUCCCAUUAUUACGGUAGAUGCGAGACGUCCACCUGCUCCUCACCCACAGCUCAUAGCUGCUGGUUUUGAGGGCAUGCCGUGUACAGUACAGGUGCCCUCGCUUUACCGCAACCAGACAUACAACAAGCUCCAGCAUGUCCAGACGCACUCCUUUACAAAGAGAACCAACCAGCCCCUAGUGCCUGGGGCUGCUGCUGGAGCAACCUGCUGUCAGCUGGUCUCCACAGUAAACCUGGCGACAGCAAAGGACUCUAAGGCUGUGGUGACAUGCGUGGUAAUCAUUAUCUCAGUGUUGCUGUGUUGUUUGCCACUAGGCAUAUCCUUGACACAGGAUAUGGUGUCACCAGAAAGCAGCUUUAUUCAUUACCAGUUCGAGCUUUGUGGAUUUGCCCUCAUCUUCCUUAAGUCUGGCAUCAACCCAUUUGUGUACUCUCGGAACAGCGCUGGUUUGCGACGCCGUUUGCUCUGCUGUCUCCAGUGGCUGACGUUGGGCUUUUUAUGCUGCAAGCACAAGACACGCCUGCAUGCCAUGGGCAAAGGAAAUCUGGAAGUCAAUCGCAACAAGUCUUCACACCACGAGACCAACUCGGCUUACAUGCUCUCCCCAAAGCUCCAGAGAAGGCUUGUGGACCAGGCUUGCGGACCCAGUCACUCCCGGAACUGCAUGCCUAGUCCUGUUGCCACAACUGGACACAAGCCUCGGCCCCCAAGCACAUCUACUCCCAUCAACACACGCAUAGAGCCCUACUACAGCAUCUAUAACAGCAGUCCGUCUGUAGGACCUAGCUCCACAAAUAGCCUGCACCUGGUCAACUCUCAAACCACUGCCUUUGCCAAGAGCUAUGUCGCUAUGCAAUACCACAUCCACCAAGAAGUGCUGCAGGACUUUGACAGCACCUCAGCUAAGCAGAUUCCCAUACCAUCAGUCUAAGACACCUUCUACAGAAGUUUCAGAACAUCAGACUACUUGCUCUGCAUCCAAAAGAGAGCAUUUAAUGUUCAAGAAACAAUGUCUGUCAUUGGGAGUGUGUACAUGGGGGCGUGGCCGAGCAACGUCUGUGAGACGCCAGGAGAGAAAGAGCAGUAAAGAUUGACUUCCAUUAAAUUGUUUACCCAGUUCCCGCUUCCUCCUUCAGAAGAGAGCUAGUGAUUGUCACAGUGGUGCCGAAACCCGGGGAGGAAGCGGGAGCCUCUCUCUCCCCUCCGGCAAUCUGGACUGCCCUUUUAUCCCUCUCCAGCUCUCAUUGCAACACAAAACAGCUGUUAGAGAUCAUUUCCCACAGGUGUCAAUAAUGACCGCUCUUCCUCUCCCGGCCUCGCUCUCCACAGUCGUCACUCAUCCUCGCCCUCAUCUCCACAGGAAGGUAAUACUCAGACUUUUAAAAUAAGUAACUGAUGCUUUCCCCAAAGUGUUGUGAACUGGACUGAAGGAUGUUAUAUUUUUACAUUGACAUGGCAUUUUCAUGUAAUAGUACUCACUCAGAUAAAGUAUUUGUGGAAA